AUGGGAAGAUCAGCUCCAUCAUGCUUCAAGAUCAUCACUUGUAGCUGUGAUUCCGGCGAUCAUGAUGAUCUCCAAACCCCCGAAAGCAAGAGUUCUAGUGACAGAAGGGGAUGGGGCUUUCGGAAGAGAUCUGCUAGACAUCGAGUGUUGAGCAACUCUGUUAUCUCAGAAGCAACUUCCUCUGCAAACAAGGAAACCUCAGAAUCUACAGCGGUUGACUUUCAAGAGAAGCAUAAAUCUGUUCCAGAAAAAUCCUCGACAGAUGGGAAAAGUGAGUUGUCAACUGAAGUAAACUCAAAAUUAUUAGAUGCUGUAGUUGCAAGAGAUGAUGAUGCUACCCUAAAUGAGUUCAAUGUCAUUUUAAUCCAGGCCGCCAUUAGGGGAUUUCUGGCUCAAAGAGUUCUAUUGAAGAGUAAGAAUAUAAUCAAGUUACAAGCUGCCUUUAAAGGACACUUGGUUCGAAAACAUGCCGUGGGAACACUUCGCUGUGUUCUAGCAAUUGUCAAAAUGCAGGCACUCAUUCGAGCACGUCAUGCCCGUAGACGUAUAGAAGGAUUAAACUCUUUUGAGAAGCAAAGUGAAAACUGUGGGAAUGCUUACCAUGAUUCGACAAUUGUGGGCAUGAGUAAAAAUGAAGCCAAUCGUAAUGUCACAAUUUCCAUUGAGAAGCUACUUAGUAAUGGAUUUGCUCAAAAGCUAUUGGACUCAACACCAAGGACCAAAUCUAUAAACAUCAAGUGUGAUCCUUCAAAAUCUGACUCAGCCUGGAAAUGGUUGGAAAUGUGGAUGUCAGUUUCAUUGAUGAGCAACAACAAAUCACAGGCAUCAGGAUUAGCUGCAGAGCAGCAUGAGAGAGAAGAAAUUGGUCAUCCUGACAGCAAAGAAGACUUUGUAAUUCCAUCUGAAUGUACUUCUGAGUCAGUAGGCUUGAAAUCUUGUGCAGAAGCGUUGUCCGGUGCAACUGAAAAUGCUGACAACUUGGACUUACAGUCAUGCAGAUCAACAGCACCUUUGCGGAGUCAAAAAGUGGAGCUGCCUGAGCCCCAAAACUUUAAUGAAUCAAAUAUGACAUGUAAUGUAACCGAUUCUUUAUCUAUUCCACUGAAUGAAACAGAUAUGCUUCCGAAGGUGGAAUCCAAAUCUGACCCAGGUAAGCCUGAAAGAGAACAUGAGCAAGAAAUACACCAUGAUGAAGAAAAGUUUUCCACCAAGCAACCUGAAACUGAGAUGUCUGAGCUCUUUGAUGAAUCAAAGACCACAAAUAAUGUAAUCAAUUCUUUACCAAUUCAGCUGAAUGAAACAGACUUACCUGUGAAGGUGGAACCUGAAUCUGACCCUGGUAAGGUUGAAAGAGAACGUGAGAAAGAGAUACACCGAGAUGAGGAAAAGUUUUCCACCAAACGACCUGAAACUGAAGCACCUGAGCCCUUUGAUGAUUCAAAUACCACGUAUAAUGUUAACAAUGCUUUACCAAUUCAGCUGAACGAAACAGAUUUGCUUGCGAAGAUGGAACCCGAAUCUGACCAAUUGAAGUCUGAAAGAGAACAUGACCAAGAUAUACAGCAGGAUGAAGACAAGUUUUCCACCAAGCAACCUGAAACUGAGCCCCCGGAGUCCUUUGAUGAAUCGAAUACCACAUAUAAUGCUAUCAAUGCUUUACCUAUUCAGCUGAACAAAACAGAUUUGCUUGAGAAGGUGGAACCCGCAUCUGACCCAGUUAAAGCUGAAGGAGAACAUGAGGAAGAUAUACACCAUGAUGAAGAAAAGUUUUCCACCAAGAAACCUGAAACUGAGCCGCCCGAGCCCUUUGGUGAAUCAAAUGCAUAUAAUGUAACUGAUUCUUCACAUAUUCAGCUGAACAAGACGGAUUUGCUUGCGAAGGUGGAACCUGAAUCUGACCCAGGUAAGGCUGAAAGAGAACAUGAGCAAUCUAUACACCAUGAUGAAGAAAAGUUCUCCACCGAGCAACCUGAAAUUGAGGCAAAUAAGUUUUCAUUUGGUUCAAGGAAGACAAGUAAUCCUUCUUAUAUUGAUUCCCAGUUGAAAUUUCAAGAACUGAGUUCUGCUGCUCAGUUAACCAGUUCCACUAGUCAUGGUCUUGCAACUGAAUGCAAUGGUGAUAGGACUGAUCAACAAUUUGGAUCUAGCGAGGUUGGCUUGCCUGAAAGUUCUAUUUACCAAGCUUCAACAGUUCAAGUUGGUACCCUUGGAAGUGGGACUGAACUUCUCAUUGCUUCAAACCCUGAUUCACCAGAUAGGUCUCAGGUUGAAGCUGUUGAAUUUGAACCGAAGCAGAAGAUUUCUGAUGAGACCGACCAUCCCAAGAGCAAUGAGAAUUUAGAAGUUGAAGCUAACGAUAAGCCCAGCAUGCCAGCGACUGAUCUGCCAUCUAUCAAUUCAGAUCAGUUGGAAUUAGAUUGUGGUGUUAACUCUGCGAAUGUUGAAUGUGCUACUUCAAUCAUUCCUAUAGAUUCACCACAGGUAGAUAAGAAGCCAGAUACAGAUCCAAGCAAGAUGCACCUGGAGGGGGGAUCUGAGGCAAGCCAUCCAGUAUACAAGUCAUCAUCUGAAGCAUCUCCCAAAAGCCAUAUAACUGUUUCUGAUUCUCAAGCAACGCCUUCCACCCAAGUAUCUAAAGACUUCAAGGAAAUCAGGGACAAGAAAACAGAAUCCCAUCGGAAAAGUAGGUAUCCAUUGGCUGGUAAAGGACCCCGUUCAAAUGAUGAUCAUGAUUCAGUUGCAAGAAGUAGCUUGGAACAGUUAGCUAUGGAACAUAAAACUGGAAUGCGCCGAAAAUCCUUUGGUUCCGCAAGACCUGAUCAUGGUGAUGAGGAACAAAGAGAUAGCAGUAACUCUCUCCCAAGUUAUAUGCAAGCAACUGAAUCUACAAGAGCCAAAGCUAUUGCAAACAGAUCCCCGAGAUCAAGUCCAGAUAUGCAAGACAAGGAUAUUUAUGUAAAAAAGAGGCACUCCCUCCCUUGCGGGAAUGAACAGCAAGGAUCGCCACGUAGACAGUGGUCUAUGUCCCAGGCACAACAAAAUUCACCGGGAAAUGGAAUUCAUUCUCCUCAAGAAAGGAGGUGGCGGAGAUGA